AAAUCUCAGUUGGAUUUUGGUGUCAAAAGGGGAUAGUUGUCGCAGUCGCUGUAUCGCACGUAAAAGUGCUAAUUUAAUAAGAAACGAUGUCUCAACGGACGGGAAACUUUAAGAAUCCGUUCUCCAGGCCCUGGAUGUCGGAGACCGGUGCAGCGGCUGCGGCGGGGCCCGGCGCAGUGGGCCUAAAGGGGGUUGUGGCCGGCGGCAUUACUGGCGGCAUUGAAAUCUGUAUUACAUUCCCCACUGAAUACGUGAAAACACAACUCCAGUUAGACGAAAAAGGAGGCACCAAGAAGUACUCCGGCAUCGGCGACUGCGUGAAGAAGACGGUGAAGAGCCACGGCGUGCUCGGCCUGUACCGCGGCCUCAGCGUGCUGCUGUAUGGGUCCAUACCCAAGUCCGCUGUCAGAUUCGGCGUAUUCGAACAAGCCAAGCUCUACAUGGUAAAAGAAGACGGCACACUAUCCACAACUGGCAAGCUAGCCUGCGGUCUUUCGGCUGGCGUGGCCGAGGCCAUCUUUGCCGUGACCCCCAUGGAGACUGUCAAGGUCAAGUUCAUCAACGACCUGAGGAUGGAGAAGCCCAGGUUCAAAGGGUUCUUGCACGGAGUCAGGCUUAUUGUUAAGGAGGAAGGUAUCGGCGGCGUGUACAAGGGCGUCACGGCCACGGUGAUGAAGCAGGGCUCCAACCAGGCCAUCCGCUUCUUCGUGAUGGAGUCCUUGCGCGACUGGUACAAGGGCGGCGAUAGGAACAAGCACGUGCCCAAGUACAUUGUGGCGCUUUUUGGAGGCAUUGCUGGAGCGGCAUCAGUCUUCGGUAACACACCAAUCGACGUAGUCAAGACAAGAAUGCAGGGUCUUGAAGCCGCCAAGUACCGUUCUACUUGGGACUGCUUCAUCAAGACGUGGAAGGCAGAAGGCCCACUAGCCUUCUACAAGGGAACCGUGCCACGUCUCAGCAGAGUAGUCUUCGAUGUGGCGAUAACCUUCACGAUCUAUGACAGCAUCAUGGAUGUGUUUAACUACGUGUGGAAGUAAGGUGUUUUGAGGUUAUGUAGCUGGUGCUAUGGGAAGGUUAUAGAGAUGGUUUUGCACUGUUGUUGUAGUGUAGGUGUUGAUUAGUGGGUCACAAAGUUUAGACGGUUUUGGUCACAAGCUUCUGUACAGAAGCAGCAUUUAAAGGUAAAUAAAGUGUAAAAAAGAUAAAAUUUUGGCAGUUUAUUAGAUGGUUGCUUGUCUGCCUAAAAACUAACCAUUAUAUAUGUUUGAAGUGGCCUUAAAUGUACAUUCUCUAUAACUUUUCACUACCGUAAUUUGUUUAGUGAAAACUGUUAUAUUUUCUUCAAGAGUCAGUUUUUCCUAAACAAAGUGUUGAGGGUUAACAAAUGCGGAAUCUGUAAGACUGGUUGCCAGAUUGUCCAAUGUAUUUAUGUACCAAAUGUAUGUUUUAGUCUUUGUAGGUACAAAAUGAAAUGUGGUUAUUAUUUAGUUGUUGUAUGUACUGUAGGGUAGAAGGAUCGAUUCACUCGAGUAUCGAUUUGAUAGGUGAAAACGAAUUAUAAGUGUUAUUUUUUCUUCAACGAAUUUAUAUAUAUUUUUAUAGAAUGCUACAUACUUUAAAUAUACUCUAUUUAUAUGAAUAUUGCUACUGCAUUUUGUAAAGUAACCAAAAACCUGUUUGAUUAUUUGGCAAAGCCUGUGUAUUUUUACUUCACUAAUUUAUUUAUUUUAUUCAACCUGUGACAUGCAAAUGAAUUUUAUAUACAUUUUUAUAUUUUUUAUACUCUUCUCUAUUCUUCCUUCUUUGGUUGUUGAAAUAUACUUUAUUUUAAUGAAUUAAGCAUGCCAAUUUCUAUAGUACAUAUUUUUUAACUUCUUCCACGCGCUUUUUAUACAUAUGAAUAAAACUGAAUUGUACUACUUUAAUAUAGUAUGGGUGAGAUUGCAUUUUAAUGUAUUUCGAUUGUAAUGGCAUUUUAAGAUGUAUUUAUUUUUGUUAUUUCUUAUUAAGUAUAUCCAGUUGGAUUUUUCUCUACAUUUCUUUUCCAUAUCAUAUUAUACAUUUAGUUAUCUCAAAAUAAAAUUGUAUUGAAUAAUAACCAAGCUUGAUGGUGUUUAAGGGCUCAAAAUUGAACUAGUGAUGGAUUUAAAGACAAAUGAAUGAUAAAUCAUAAAUAAGGUCUGCCUUAUGAGAGCAUAUAAAAUGAUUAUUGUAAAUACUUUUAACUUGGGAUAAUUUUAUAUUUCUUAAAGAGAUUAUGCAAUUUCUUUCGCCAUAGUGUUACCUCAGUUGUGAGUAUGAAACAGGCUCUGACUACAUCUGUAUAGAACCAGCGGCUCAAAGGAUCAAUUGCUUCUAAUCCAAGUAUAAGACAUAUCUACAUAAAAUUGUUUUUAACUAGCCAAUAGAGUACUUUGAGUCGUACCAUAUUUUACAGACAUUCCAAAGUUAUCUUUAUAACUUUGUAACCAGAACAUUUUUUAAACGGGUGUGGUUUGUGUAAAUGUGCUUUUUGAGUUCACUUACAUUUUAUUAGCGUUUAUGUGCAAAUAUAUUUUUAUUAUGUUUUGGUUUAUUUAUGCGAAAUGUUGACUUUUAAUUUAUUUAUAGUAUUUUAAAGUAAUAAAAUUGACCGAUAAUUUAA